AAGAAGUCUUACUCUUAGACUUAAGCAUUGAUGAUCGCAAUUGUUAACAUUCUUCUGUAACAAUAGAAAAUUAACUUAAAUAACAUGCAAUGCUUUAACCUUAAAUAUUUUUCCAAUUAAACCAGGGAUUUUUAGUAAUUUUGUUUGGUUUGUUUAUAUUAUUUCGAAAACAAAUGUGAAUAAUAGUAACUACGGUAUAAGUUUUCAACUGAAGUUGUAACUUGGUUUUCACGUUAUAGAGUUACAUAAUCUAAGCCAAAUUAGGCUUGAUAAGUUUUACUCGGAAAAUUAGUUAUAGUGUUAUUAUAUUAGUUCUAAAUCCAGUUAGAUCAGUGCUGUAUAAUAAAAAAAUUGACCCAAGUUAAUGUUAUUUUAAUUCUGCUGAGAAGUCGGCUUCUUAGUUUAACUUUAUCAAUUUGUGCCAAGAAGUUGCUGAACGUGUCACUGUCACUAAUUUUCGUUUGUGACUUUAAAUUGUAAAGAUUUCAGUUCAAGCUCAAACAAAAAAGAAGCUUUAAAAAUGGGAAAUGAAGUAUCGCUUCCUAUGGAAAUGUGUUCCACUUUUGAUGCUGAUGAAAUCAAAAGACUUGGAAAAAGGUUUAAGAAAUUAGACUUGGAUAACUCUGGAUCAUUAAGUGUGGAUGAGUUUAUGUCUCUACCAGAACUUCAACAGAAUCCUUUGGUACAAAGAGUCAUAGAAAUAUUUGAUACUGAUGGAAAUGGAGAAGUUGAUUUUAAAGAAUUUAUACAGGGAGUUUCCCAGUUCAGUGUGAAAGGUGAUAAGGAGUCAAAAUUAAGGUUUGCUUUCAGAAUCUAUGACAUGGACAAUGAUGGUUACAUCUCCAAUGGAGAACUUUUCCAGGUACUGAAGAUGAUGGUGGGAAACAACCUGAAGGACACACAACUUCAGCAAAUUGUUGAUAAAACGAUUCUCUUUGCUGAUAAGGAUGAGGAUGGAAAAAUCUCUUUUGAGGAGUUUUGUGCUAUUGUGGGCAACACUGAUGUACACAAGAAAAUGGUAGUAGAUGUCUAGUGUUCCAGAAACUUAACAGGACAUUCUGCUUUCAAGUUUUGACAGUACUGUUGUAUUUUCUUUGUCUUGAUUAAUGAAUACUUUUCAGUUGACGUAAAACUUUAUUUAUACUUAUAAUGGAAUUAUGUACAUGUCAUUCAUAUAUAGUGUUGUACACUUUGCUGUAUGUAUUUUCUCAAUGUUUUUAAAACAUAUUCUUUAUUGGGUGUUUGAAAUAUUUUAUACUAUAAUAUUUACUUUUGCACUUUGUAAUUCUUUAUAGCAUGUAAUUUACUAGGUGAAUAUUACAGUUUUUGUAUCUGAUUGUUAAAUUUAACACUGUGAAAGUUUUAUUUGAUAAUUACUUACUACAGAAUGUUUUCAGUAUAGUUUAUCGUGGUUAAUAUUACACGAAUUAAUGCCACAUGUUUACUAUUAAUAAAUUGAUGUUAUGUAUAUUUCAUUUAUUUUUUUUCUUAAUUUGUGAUAACACAUUUGUAUUUAGAUCUGAUUAGUGAUUCUGAAAUAUUGUCUUCCUUAAAGACUUUAUCACAAUUAAAGAUGUGGCAAGAUUUAAGAAUUCAGAUAUGCCACUCAUAUCUCAGCACCAGGAAGAGCUAUUACCUAGCAUGCAAUGUAAUGUAUUUUUUGGUUGUUUCAAAAGUUUUGAACAAAGCUCCCACCUCCUACACACGUCAACGUGUAUUACACCAACUUAUGUUGUAAUCAUCAUUAGACUAUAGCCCUCUACCAAUAGGAGGGUGACACAUCCUCUGUCUGCAGUAAUCCUCAUGAUGAAUAGCACAUGAACACAGGCUUAUUCUUUGUUUGGCACAGCUUGUCUUCAGACAUGUUUUUUCUUCAGAUUUACCAGCGUUUUGUGUUUAUUGUUUUAACUUUUCAUUGUUUUUUUUUUUGUUUGCAGUCAUUCCUUCCUUAACUUACUUGAUUUUUGAAAGAAUGAUAUUCAGUUUUAAAAUUAUCAAUUAGAACUUUCAUUUGAAUUAUCUACUAUUUGAUUUUCCUUUCACCAAAUUUGCACUUUUGAGAUGCAUGUUCCAUUGUCUGUUUCCAUUGUUUUCUUCAAGACCCUUCCUUUGUGAUAUUUUUUGGGAUAUUAAGGUAUUUCUUAUACAUUGGCAUUUUGAACUCGUGCAGCUUUUCAGUACUACUCAUUUUGAUUUCUUGCCAUUUGGAAUAGGGUCUCCACUGGUUUUCUUAAUGUGUACAACCUGGUGUGUUCAUCCCCUCCUCUGUUCCUUGUCCUUUUGUUACUAUCCGUGGUCCUCUCUUUGUGGGCUGGCUUUUCUGGGUCUUGAAAGUGAUUUCUGGAACCAUCUCUUCUCUCCUGUCAUGUGGGAGCUCUGUUCUCCCACUUUGUUCAUUGGUAGACUUCCUUUUCUAUAACCUCAGGUGCUUUUCCCAUACUUUACUCUUCACUCCAACUGUUUCAAAUGCCAUAAGACAAUUGCUCAACUCCAAUCUAUGGUUUUAUUCCUGUCUUUUUAUCAUCUCCAUGAAGAUGGGAAGUUGUUGGCCACAUACCAAUCUGCCCCACUUGACCCAGCUUUGGCCUAGCUUUAGUUCUUGAUUAGCAAUUUUGUACUUUCCUAUGGGUACUUUCCCCAGCAGUGGAUGACAGAUUCUGGGUCUCAACACUUUCUUCACAUUCUGAUUUGUCUAUUUGUCUUGCACUUUCUUUAAUUUAUCUGUCUUUUUUUCAUUGGGUCUUGUGGUUUUUUUUUUCAAAGGGGUUACAUUCUUGAGGCUUAUUAUUCCACUAAACUAUAGACAUUUAACCUCUACUUGUCUUUUUUACUGUGGCUUCCUCAAUUAUGACCUUCCAUUUCCUGUGAGAGUCAUCUCAUUUGAGGUGGCUGAUUUGGCUCUUCAUUUCAAUCUCAACCCUUACAUUGCAUUUUCUACACCAGAAGGUCUCUCUCACUAAGUAAUGAGGCUCAGCCUACUUCUUUAUCUUUGUUACAUGGUGCUUUUAAUAUGAGAGCUCAUGUGUCCUUCAUUUCCUGCAUGAGUCUUGUUGGGGGACUCUUUCAUCUUGAGUCUCUUGUUCCUCAUGGAUGUGCCCAUACAUGUUCUUUUCAGGAGUGUUUGGCCUGUGAAUACAGGUAUCUCUGGAAAUACACUGUUUCGUCUGUCUUUUUAUGAUCUAUUCAGACACCUCUGUUGUUUGCUUCCUUCUUUUGAGAGUGGAGCAUAUGCUCUUGGGACUUUUGUUCAAUUGCUUUUUUUGGGUUCACUACCACCACUCUCAGUUUUCGAUCUAUCCUGUCUUGAAAGCUUAGGCCCUGGUGGUAGACUGACUACCACAACUAGGCCUUGACACUUCCCACGAUGUGGUUUUUCCAUCCUCUGGUAUUUUCAGUGGAUUUGCUCCCACUAUGGGCAUCCUAUAUUCACUGCCUUUACACUUUCCUUCCACUUCUUGCUUCUACUCAUUUAGUAUGUAAUCCCAGACUACAGCUAUGGAUGAAGAUGUUCUUUGUCUGGUAUGGUUCAACCUUCUUUUAUGUGCUACAGACAUAUUUCAUCCUCUUGUCACUUAUGGGAGCUGUCAUUCGUUUUUGUCUUAUCCUCCAGAACUAUUUACCACUGGGACAGGAUCACCUUUUUGGGUGGCUUGGGAGCCUAUUUGAAUGUUUUCAUCAUUCAUCCUGCCUACAUGUUAAUUUUGACCCAGAUCUUCUCUUCUAUUCUGUAUGGUCUAUUCAUUAUUUUUUCAUGGUUUCUUUGCCUCUAUCCAUUAAUAUUCCCUGUAUAUGAUCUUGCAGGUGGGGAUGUUUACAACCCCCAAUACAUUAUUGUCCAAAUACUUACAUCACAAGGAGAUUUCACCAGUCUGACUUUUUUGUCCCUCCAUUCAUCAUUCUUCACUCUUUAAAGUGGGUCUGAUGGUGCGUUGUUGAUUUAUAUCUUUUCUUUUGAUGGUCUCACAACCUCCAUAUUCAUACAUAUAUAUAUCUGUGUUAUGGAGAUAAUGAUGUAACUCACUAAAUGAUUGGUGUUGCCUCACAGGGAAUACUUACCCAAUAGUUGCAUUGAGCUGGGGAGUAUAGAGAGUGUUAAGCCCAUUUGUUUUUGUUCAGUGUUAGGAUUGGGUUUUCCAUAAGACUGAUUUGGUGGUAUCCAUAUAUAUCUUCCAGGCUUUUCUGCUUUUGACAAAAAACAAACAAACAAAGCACAACAGUACCAGGUGUGUACCUGCUCUUACACCUGGCUCAUGCCUGCUAUCUUUAGUUGCGAUAACCCUCUGCACUGUGUCACAGUCUGAGAUGUAAUUCCAGAUGAUUGUGUCUAAUGACAAGGGUCCAAGUGUCUAAUCCCAAGCCACUGAGGAAGUCAGUAUGAAAAGUUCAUUGUGCAGUGCAAUCCUAAUGGUAUGAGACUCAAUGGACACACCCCUCAUUUGUGAAGCAGGGCUGGAGUGUUACCUGGUAAUAUAGUACAGAACACCCCACUACAUUAUGAAUUAGGCCAUUCUCUGUGGUUAGGUCCAGCAUGGUUCUUGUGUUUGCCUUGGGACACAGGUUAGGGAUGAUAGUCUCUACACCUGAUUUUGUAAUGAGUAUCUCGCAUAUUUUUUGCUAUGUGAUGGCCUAAUUUACACCCCUAGCCACUACACAUUCAUAUAAUUGAAGGUUGAGCAAUCUGCCAUUUCAUCCACUUUAGUAACAUGUUAACACCAGGCAAAGAUUUGUCUGACAAUAUCUUUUGCUCUACUAUAUCUACUGGGUGACGUGUAUUUCCUGCUUGAGACGGAUGCAGUCUCCCCCUGAGUGCUAUCCCACUAGGCUACUCCCCAUCUCAUGGUUGUUACACUCCAUGGUCUUUCCCAUUCUGAUGCCACUUUCUGAGAGAACCUCAUCUUGUAAUUUCUUUGUACUGGACCCUACACAAUCUUCAGUGUGGGAUUCUAACUUGUGGUGGUGCAGAGAGGUGAGCAGUGUUUCUGAACUUAACCCACCACCUCCCAUUCUUAUUCCCCACUUUUGAUGCAUUUAAUUUGCUUCAUCGAGAAUGAGCCUAUGUUUGCAUGAUAGAGCUCAUGGGAUUAAAGAUGGAAGAUGUGUCACCCUUAUAUUGGUGAAGAGCUAUAGUGUAAUGAUUAUUACAUAUAGGGUGGCACAAUACAUACUGGACAUUUAGGAGUGAGAGCUUUGUUUAAGACUUUUUGGCUUAUACAAAAAAUUAUGCAGCAGUGCAUGGGAGUUAAUAGCUCUUGGUAAUGCAGAGAGGUGAGUAUCUAUCUGAAAUACAUUUUCAGCUAAGAAAAAUAUUAACAUAAAUUUUCUCAAAGAUAUUUUUAACUAACAUUUAUAGUACAAAUACCUGUUUACACAAAAUUACUAGAAUAUGGCUUUCUAUUCUUUAAAGAAAUCUAUAUUUCAUAUUUAAUACUUUAAUACUAAAGGGUAUAUUUAAAAUAAAGAGUAGACAGAAAGGGUACAUCAAGAACAAGUUUUGAAUAUUUGUAAGUAUAUACCGUAAACUUCUAGCAUUCCAUUGUUCGUUGUCACUCAAGAACAAUUUUGUUAUUGUGUAUCACUCACACUUUCAAAAUGUUACACUUAUGUAAAAGCUUCAUCACUCUGUAUGCUUAUGUAUUUAAAUAUACAUUAACCCAGACCAUUUUACUCUCUUCAUUUUAAAAUAUUUGAGAUCUAGAAAUUUAAGUUAGCAAAUCAUAAUUUCUUUUGGAAUUAAUAAUCAUCUGAAUUAUUUCAAAAGAUGCAAAAUGCCAAUAGUUUUUAUAUAAUUUUCAUAGAACUUGUAUUAUUUUAAGCUGGUUAGUACCAGAUGUGCAAUUUUUAUCUUUUCUGAAAAAUUUGCGUUUAAAUAACUGAAGUUCAUACUUUUUCCUUGUCUGUUGUAUAUUUUGGUUUCUUAGUUUCACUGAUAUAGUUUUCUAAAAGUCUUUAAGGAUGAAACAUUGGAAAUUUCUAUUGUUGUUGCGUAUGGAAGUCAGAGUAUUUGUUCAUCCUCAUAAUACCAUCACGAUAACAAUUCUAAAAUUGUUUCAUAAAUUAUAAUAAUUACGUGAGAUAGGAAAUAUAAA